GGAAUUUUCAAAAAAAAAAAAAGAAAAGAUAAAAAACAAAAAAUGAAAAUCCAUUUAAAAAAAUAGGAAAGGAGAAGCAAAGUGGGGAGUGAAAAGUGCAGAAGGCAAACAAUGAGCGAAGAGGGAUUUGAAGAAUGGGACGCAGAAUUCCUGGAUCAGCUCAUCCAAAUUGAAGAGCUUGCACUUCCUUCUUCUUCCUCAAUUGCCAUCCCUAACCCUAACCCUGAUUCGCAUGCUUACCAUCACCCUUCUCAUUUCCCUUUUCCUCCUCCUUCGCUACGCAAUCCCCCCAGCUUCUCUCCCCCUCGUCAGCUUUCUCAAAGGACCUCUACCCUAAAUUCUUUCCCUCGCUCAUCCAAUGCCACCGACUCCAAAUGUAGUACUACUAUUGCUGCUGCUACUACAUCUCUCUCUUCGGCUCCGACUCUCCAGCCAUCGGAGGACGACAAAGAGCUCGAAAUCAAACGUUUAAAGGGGGAGCUCGGACUUGUGUCGAAGCAACUUUCGGACUUGGAACAAGAGUGCUCAGUGCUAAGAAAGAAGAGAGUUUAUCAGCCCAAUAAUGUAUCUUCCAAAAACGAAGAAAAAGAAGCAUUUCUUCCCAAUUCAGAAGGCACAGGCACAAAUUCGGACAGAGAACAUGGAGCUCUUGGUGUGCGUCACCCGGUGGUUUCUCAAAGAUUUCAAAAUGUUGAUAUUGCAAUACCAAGCAAAAAAGCUGCAGGAGUUCAGACAGAUGAUAGUGUUGUUUUUGCCCAAGGAUUCUCAAAUGAAUUAUUAACAUCUCGGGAUCUGUCGAAGAAGUUGUUAGCGAUAUGGGAAUUGCCCAACAACCAAAUAUUGGGAAGGAACAUAAUUUCUAAUUUAUUUGUGACUUGCCAAUCUGAUUUUCAUGUUCUUUUCGGGUGCACGGGCAUGAAUCAUUCUGUUGAAUUAAAAAUGGAUUUUCCAGUUUGUGGCAGCUCUAAUGUGGAUUUGCAGUGCCCUGUAAACUCACAUCAUACUUCGGAUGCUGCAAAAGUAUUGCAUCUCUAUUAUGUUCUGACUAAGAUCAAUAAUGGAAUGGCACAUCUAGAGGCUUUGUUGGAACCGUUGCUUGAUCUUUGUAUCCUUGAAAGUGUUAUCAUUGUUAAUAGAUCUCUUCGUAUACUUCAUAUGUUUCUCAAGGACCUUUUAAGCUUUGAAAGGAAAUUUGGAGAUAGGGAUAAUAUCAUGGUUGAUGGUCUUUGCUCUGGGAACAACACUUCACAUCAUCCUGGAUCUGGGACUGCAGAAAAGACAGAUAUAAUAUCUAUUAUUGAGGAUGAGAACUCUUAUUUGUAUGCGGGUUAUCUUCCACUCACCAAACUCUCUGAUGAGAAAACUAUAUAUGAGAAGGGAAAGUUGAGUUCUAGCCAUGGGAGUUAUGUUUCUCGUGUGGACUGGGUUUCUCUCUUUAAUAUAAUGCUUCAAACUGCCAUGAGAAUUACAGAAGAAUCUGCAAGGCUGGAAGCUGUGUCCAUUAUGAACAUUAUUUUAAUAAGAUGUAAUCCUUACACUGAGAGGGAAAAGUUUGGUAAUACUCAAGUGUUUGAAAGUAUCUUAAAACUGCUCAGAAAGGAAACUGGCUUGAAUGUGCAAAAACAUUCUAUUCGACUGCUGUUUCUUCUACUAAAUUGUCCAAAACUCUUGGCCAUGUUCUGCUCUGGCUGUACAGAAAGAAAGGAUACUGGUUCGAAAAAUGAUACCACAGAAGACAGGUCAGCUACACUUCAGGGCUUGGCAGAUUGUGUAGCAUGCUCUGGAAAUGGUGUAGAGGAGUUGAAGCUUCGAAGGAAUGCUAUAGUUUUGCUGGCUAUCUUGGCUUCCUCUGGAAAAUCUGGAUUUGAUAUUCUUGUCAGUCAUAAACUAUCUAAGGAUGCAAACUUUCUUAUGUUAAUUCUGCAAGUAAUGGUGUCUGAGAUUGACACAGAAGCAACCAUUAUUCCUGAUUCCUAUGAAAUAUUCAAAGAGAGGACAUUACUAAUGCGGGAGGCACUUAUCCUUCUUAAUAGACUUGUGUCGAAUCCUGUAUAUUCUGUUCCCGCCUUGCAGUUAUUGACGAAAAACAGAGAUAUGGCUGGCUUGUCAAUUGAUAUUGCAAACAGGUUGGCGCGAAAAGAUGUAAGUGGUGAGUUUGAUGACACGGUGAGGAUGAUGAGAGAAUCUGAAGUUAUUGAUGAAAGACAGAGAUGUGGCUUGCAAUUAUUGACGAGAAACAGAGAUAGGGCUUGCUUGUCAAUUGAUUUUGCAAACAGGUUGGCACGAAAAGAUCUAAGUGAUCAGUUUUAUGACAUGAUGAGGAUGAUGAGAGAAUCUGAAAUUGUUGACUUAGCUCGAGGAUUUAGGAAGAGAGUUUUCACAUAUAUGGGAGAUCACACAGUUUAGAAAAUGACGAGCUUUCUUUUUUUUUUUUUGUAAAUUUGUGGAGUAAUAUUGCUCAUGUCAAGUUAGUCACUAGAAUCUAAAUAUUAGAGUUGGGGUUCACGUUCUUUGGAAGGUUAGCAGCCAUAGUUAUAAUUUUUUGAUGAUGCUGCCGUUGAGUUGUCAAAUUUUCAUGCACUGCUGCAAUUUUUCUGUUUUCCAAAGGAAGCGGGAUAUAUAAAUAUAUAUUUUGACGAUAAAGCUUUCAUUAAAAUGAAACUUGAGAGUGAUUUCACUCUAGAA